GCCCCCGCCGGCCCAUGCGGGGCGGCUCCGGGCGCUCGGUGCAGAGCCGCGGCAGCUCCCGCAGGGCGGGCCGGGUCGGGAUGGGGCUGGAGCUGUACCUGGACCUGCUCUCGCAGCCCUGCCGCUCCAUCUACAUCUUCGCCCGGAGCAACAACAUCCCCUUCGAGUUCAAGCACGUGGAGCUGUUCAAAGACUCGGUGCUGGGGAAGAAGCCGGCGGCGGCGAGCGGCGCGGAGCAGCCCCGCGCAGGGCCAUCAAACAGUGAAGGUGCAGGCAAAGUCAGCCUCUUGAAGAAAGUACCAGCACUGAAGGACGGAGACUUCACCCUUGCAGAAUGCACUGCCAUCCUGCUGUACCUGAGCCGCAAGUACAACACUCCCGACCACUGGUACCCCUCAGACAUCCAGCAGAGGGCCCGUGUGGAUGAGUACCUGUCCUGGCACCACACCAACAUCAGGGCCAAUGCUCCUAAAACCAUGUGGAUCAAGGUGUUGAUUCCCCUCUUCACAGGGCAGCCUCUGCCCUCGGAGAAGCUCCAGGAGGUGAUGGAGGGGCUCUCCACUUCCCUGAAGCAAUUUGAGGAGAGGUUUCUGCAGGACAAGGCUUUUAUCAUUGGCAGUGAGAUCUCCCUGGCAGAUCUUGUGGCCAUUGUGGAACUGAUGCAACCUGUUGGAGUUGGUUGUGACAUCUUUGAAGACAGACCCAGGCUGAGGGAGUGGCGCAGGCGGGUGGAGGAUGCUGUGGGCAAAGAGCUUUUUUUCCAAGCCCACGAGAUGAUCCUCAAUAUCAAAGAACUGAGCAAUAUUCAAAUUGAUCCACAGCUGAAAGAGCAACUGGCACCUGUGUUGAUGAAGAUGUUGAAAUGAAUGUCAGUCUUCUCAGAGAUGGUAGAGACAAGAAUGGUAUUUCCUGACAAUUCCAGCCAGCCUACAAACUGGGAAUGUUAAAGAAGUGAAUAGGAUGAGGAUCAUUGUUUUAACAUUUGUACUGCAAAGUGUGCCUGAUCCUCAUCUUCCCAGCAUGUCUGUACAGACAAGUACAGCACAAAAAUGAAAAAAAAAAUUUAAAGGUUUCUUAUUGUUGAGGCAUCUUGCUUGGCUGUCCAUGUACGUUCCACAGUUCUUUUUCCCUUGAAGUUCCUUUGAGAAAUUUCUUUGUAUUUCUACAAUGGUGAAUCUUUAUAAUUCUUCAGUUCAACUGCUGCUUUGGAUUUCUGAAAGCCUGGCUUCUGUUGGUGCUCUGUCUACCAGUACAUGUGUGGCAGCAGCUGUUCUUGGAGAUUCCUGCUGCUGGUGGUGGCCAAAGCCUUGGAUUACCUAAAAACCCAUGUUAAAGUUAUAUAGGGAGUACCCUGAAAGAAUGCAUUCACAGUGUAUUCAUGAAAGAGAAUAUAACAGUACACAAAUUGGGUUUUUUUUCUGUGGUUAUACUGUAACAGCACAUUUCUCCUAGGAAAUGCAGGGAGGGAAUAAAUGCAGACAUGCUCUUCUGAGACUGUUUUGGAUGGAACUUCACCAAGUAAGUCAUCCAGUGCAGCUGAAGUAAUAAGAGAGAUUUUGUGGCAUUGAGCAACACAUGCAUCACAAUAAAAGGGCAAAGAGUUGUUUUGGA